UGUGGCUACUCAGGGACUCCAGAGAGCAAUGGCGUAUCGUUCUGACUUAGAACAAUUGGAUGAAGAUGGAUACACUCAACUGGACUUCAAUUCCAGGAGACCUGUGGGCUCAAAGAAAGGAACUUGUGCUACUUUUCCUUGGCGUCUCAUUGCUGUGAUUUUGGGCGUCUUGUGCUUGGUGAUCCUGGUGAUAGCUGUGGUCCUGGGUACCAAGACUAUUUGGAGAUCCAAUUCAGGGAACAACCCAUUGAAGAAUGAAAACUUUCCAUCAAGAAAUAAAAAGAACCAGAGUCAACCCACACAAUCAUCUCUAGAAGAGAUUGUGGCUCCUACCAAGGCUCUCAAUACCACAGGAGUUCUUUCUAGCCCUUGUCCCCCUAAUUGGAUCACACACGAGAAGAGCUGUUAUCUAUUUAGCACAUCACUAGAUUCCUGGAAUAGUAGCAAAAGACGAUGCUCUCAGCUGGGCUCUAAUCUCCUGAAGAUAGACAGCUUGAAAGAAUUGGAAUUUAUAGGAAGGCAAGUGUCUUCCCAACCAGAUAAUUCAUUUUGGAUAGGGCUUUCUCACCCUCAGACUGAAGGACCAUGGCUCUGGGAGGAUGGAUCAACAGUCUCUUCUAAGUUGUUUCAAAUCAGAAGCACAGCUACCCAGGAGAACUCGUCUCACAAUUGUGCAUGGAUUCACGUGUCGAUCAUUUUUGACCAGCUCUGUAAUGUGUCCUCCUACAGCAUUUGUGAGAAGAAGCUGUCAGUGUAAGGCAGACGAUGCAGGAGGAGCGAGAAGCAUGUGAGACAGUAAGGAGAACAGAAAACAAAACAGAAAAGAGUGAUACUUGAGGUCAAAAUAAGUGCUGAACCUGUUAAGAGAGCUCAGCAAACUAAUCCUAGCUGAGAAACAGGAUGAAGAAGCUGUGAUUUCUGUGUUUGUCUACACGUCGGCCAGUGUUAUGUUUUAGUUAAUGGAGCUGUAGACACGAAAUCAGGGCAGCUAAGCAGGAAUUUUUAUUCUACCAUUGACUUGGUAUUUACCUGGGAUAAGCUAUAAGUCCUUGGUGCUUCAUGGGAAUUUUAAUUUGUGGUUCUACUAGAGUUGUUUUUGUUCUCAAAAAGUGUCACUGGAGUACACACUGUGUUUCUGUGACUUGUUCCUCAACUUGUAGCAAUCAGACAUGAGCAGAAGGCAAAAUCUACUUCUGAAUCUCUAAAUGAAGAAAUAGGAAAAAAAAUCUUCACUGUAAUCAUAGUUAUUUUAUUAUUUUUACCAAUAUGACCAUGAUUAUGAUGAUCAUCAUCAAAAAAUAGCAACUUAGACAUUUUCCCUUCAAUUGAAUAACCCAGAGACUAUCUCUGCCAUAUUUCUGACAUAAAAUUCCGUAUAAUGUGAAAUUAUAGGGAAACUGCU